CUGUUCUGUCGUGACUAUGUGGUUCCUCCUACUGCUCUGGUAUGCAUCAUCCCCACACCUGUCCUCCACUCAAGUGGAAGACAGGUUGAUCCUGCAGGGUGGGGAUGGUCCAUGUGAGGGCUAUGUUGAAGUCUUCCAUGAUGGGAAAUGGGGUAUUGUUGGUGACCAGAAAUGGCAGCUGAAUAAUGAGAAGGUCAUCUGCAAGAGCAUCGGCUGUGGGACAUCCAUAAGCUCUAAAGACAUUAUGUUGAAGAAGGUUCGGUCUACCACAUGGAUGAACGAGGUGGUGUGCAAUGGAAAUGAGAAGUAUCUAUGGGACUGCAUGUUUCCUGGGUGGAACAGAAGCUCUAAUACCAAAGAUACAGUCAAAAAAAUCACAUGUUCGGAUAAGAUUCAGCUUGAGCUUGAGAGUUUGCCUGGGGUUAGAUGUGCUGGAACUCUCAGGUACAAAAAAAUGUCAAUGGGGAAGGCCAAAGAAACUGGCUACUUUUGUAAUCCGAAAUGGGAUAAAAAGCAGGCUGAUAUUGUGUGUGAACAUCUCAAAUGUGGCCAAUCUAAAGGUCUCCCACCAGCCAGAAUGUUCUCACAAAUUGAGAAUAAUGUGGUCCUCAAACCUACACAUUGCAGCAACACAGAGCAUCAGAAACAUAUCUGGCAAUGUAUAACCAGUCCUAAAGUGGUAUGUACAGAACCUGUCUCCGUGAUUUGCUCAGAUCAUCACAACUUUCGUUUACAAGGUGGAAGCAAUGUCUGUUCUGGACAGUUGGAAGUGGAAGAGGAUGAAGGUGUUUGGAAACCUGUAUGCCAAAGCCAAUACAAGCUGAACAAAUCAAGUGAUGAUCUGUGUUCACACAUGCGGUGUGGCAAAAGUCACAGUCAGGAAAACAUGGUCUGUGACAGUUCCAAAAACAUCUCACUGGAUUGUACAGACAAAAUCAACAUAUCCCUGUUGAAAGAUGACCAAAGCCAGAAUGUCAAUCAUUGUUUUGGGUCAGUACACUUCAACCACUCUGGCACCCUGGAGGCUGUGUGUUCUACUAAUUGGGAUGAGAAGGAUGGACGAGUCGUGUGCCGAGAGUUGGGUUGUGGAGAGGUUGUGUUAGUCGGCUCUGGGAGUAAACUCCAGAAAGAUGGAAAGCAUGACCUAGUAGAUUGCAAAGACUCUGAGGCUUCACUGUGGCACUGUCUGGCCAUGCACCAUAAGAACCCAACCUCAUGCAGGAAAGCCACUGUCAUCUGCUCAGGUAGUGUGAAAGUGCGUUUGUCAGAUGGCCCUGGGAGGUGUGCUGGAAGAGUAGAGAUUCAGCAUGAAGGAGUGUGGAAGAGCAUCCGUGAAAGCAACUGGAAGGAGGAAAACUCCAAAGUGAUUUGCAAUCAAAUGAUUUGUGGUGAUGCUAUGGCUAAUACUGAUUCCUUCAUUCAAGGAACAAGUCAAGUAUUGAGCAAUGAGGUGAUCUGUACUAGUAACUCUAAAUCUAUCUCUAACUGUAUCAAGUCAACCAAGAAACAGCCACAACAACAGGAUACAAACAAGAUGUUAAUCUGCCAAGAGCAUGCGGUGGUGUUUCUGACGGGGGACUGCUCUGGCAAGGUGGGCAUAGAGCAAGCUGGGAAGACUUACUGGCUGUCUGGGUCUAACGCCACUUUUGAUCGUCAAACUGCCAUGGUGGUGUGUCAACAGAUGGAUUGUGGGGAUGCUACCUCAUUUACCUUUGAAUCCACUAGUGGAACCACUGAUUUGUGGAAAUACUCUUACAACUGCCUGGAAAGGAAAAAAUCCCUUUUUGACUGCGAGCGGAGUGAGCAUCUGUCAAACCACAGUAUAGUCUCUGUCGUCUGCUCAGGUAGUAAAACAGUACGCCUGAAAGUUGACACUAAAGACGAGGUAAAAUGCUGGGGAAAGGUGGAGGUGUGCCUCGACGGAACGUGUGGAGGUGUUUGUGAGGAUGCCUGGACGGAUAAGAAGUCCGACAUGUUGUGUAAAGACUUGGAUUGUGGAUCAGCCAUCUAUCCUCUGUCCUUCCUGAGAAAAUCACAAUCAGCUUUAGACAAAAUCACCGUCAGCAGUGUGCACAGAACCCAGCAGACAACUAACAUCAGUCAGUGCAACAUGGUCAAAAACGUUGACCAGUCUUACUGUAAGGACAAGCCAGCCUAUGUUGUUUGCUCAGGAAGUGUCAAGGCCAGGCUAAUGGAGCAUAGAGACAGAUGCUCGGGUAACGUACAGGUGUUCUACCAAGGAAAUUGGAUCCCUGUCUGUAAGACUGCCCUAAACAACAAAGAUGUCCAAAAUACUAUAUGCCGAGAGCAGGGUUGUGGACAUGGUGUCAAACCUCUCUCGUUCUUUGGCCCUUCAUCUGCAAACAGUGGGGCUGUUGUGUCAGGCCUCACCUGUAGUGCAAACAGCAAUUCUUCGGCAGAGUGCACAGUUACAGUUACUAAGACCAACAACCAACAAUGUGCCCUCGGUGGUCUCCAAUGCUCUGAAUGGAGGAGAAUGAUGUUGAAGUUAGGGAACGGGACUUGUGAAGGGUACGUGUUUGUGUACAGUGAAGCAGACAGUCGGGCUGUCAGCAGCGAUGGUUGGACUGAGACAGAGAGCAAGGUUUUGUGCAAAAACUUGGGCUGUGGAGCCUACAUAAAACACACUGCUAAGGAAAAGGCAGAUUAUCAUGAUCUCUUGUGGGGGAAGAAGUACAGCUGUAAAGGGGAGACAAUCAGCAUCUGGGACUGUGAACUAAACGACAGGCCCUCUCUAAACCAGUCGAUCUACCUACAGUGCCAAGAUGAUCUCAAAGCAAGCCUGGGAGAAACAGGUAACUGCUCUGGGAAGGUGCUGUUAAAUAACUUGCCAGUGUGUUAUGAUAACUGGAGUGAGAGUCACUCCAAAAUAGUAUGUCAAGAGCAGCAGUGUAGCAACAGCAUCUCAUUCAAAGAAAUCGACAAAGGAAGUCGAGGUGAUGCACAUUUCGUCAGCUGCAUUGGCUCGGAGUCCUAUCUCGGACAGUGCAAAACAAUAAUAGGAAGGUGUGCUAGAGGAUUGGUUUCUGUGUCCUGUGCAGGUGGUGUGAAAUUCAAUUCAACUCAGAAAUGUGGAGGGAACAUUAAGGUAUUUUAUCGAGGCACCUGGGAGUCGGUAUGUCUACCGAAUAUGUUCUCACAAGAAGGUCGAUUACUUUGCAAAGAGCUAGGAUGUGGCAUUCCUCAAAGUCUCCGACCGGAUCAGAUUGAACAGUCAGAAGAGGAAAAAGAAGGAAAAAUAAUACCGGAGACAUCUCUCAAAUGUUCCAAUGAGAAUCGCAAUUUACAGCACUGCAUCAUCAAGAAGAAUGAAUGUAAAACACCUGGUGUAAUCUACUGUGAAGAUUAUCCAAUCAAAGUGCCCAUUCCCCCGAUCCCCAUCAACUGGUAUGUUGGUCUUUCCCUUGGACUGUUGUCUCUGGUCAUGGUCGUUGCCCUCUGCUUCUUCAUGCGAAGACGAUUUGUAACCAGGUUCAAGUCGAGAUUCUCAACGAGAAAAGUGUCUGCUUUUGAGAGUGGAGACUAUGAGGACGUGGAAACCAACGGAAGUGAACUAUUUGGACCAAUGGAAAUGAGAGAUUUGAAAAGCCACGAAUCAGAGAGUGGCGGAGACAAAGAGAAUGGCAGACGAAGUACUGCGUCUUCCCUGUCUUAUGAUGACAUUGCUGAGGAGGAGAAUGUCCCAGCUCAACCAGUAUCCAGUGGAGAAGAUGGAACCAGUAGCCCAGGCCCAGGUGCUGGACCUUCUGCUACCCACGAACAUGCUACCUACGAGGUGGAGGAAGAUCAACAGGAGAGCUAUGAUGAUGUGGUGUCAAUGAUCACGCCAGCUGAGACCAGAGAGGAGAUUGCAGAGGUCCAUGAAAGACCCAAGCCCAAAUGCCUGGCGAUCCAUGAUGACGAGGAUUACCUGGAGCCUGAUGGUCAGAAGUGAGCAACGUGCAGGCUUGACAUGAUCUGUUGUGUAACAGAACUAUGAGAGGAUCCCAAAGUUGGAGGGGAAAAGCUGCCUGCAUAAAAAAAACUCACAUUCCUUCAUAUAAUAUCGGUAUUUCUUUUUUAUAUUUAAAGAUACAAUUAUUCAAAUUUCUUGACUUUUUUUUGUCUAACAUUUGAUAUUGCUUCAAAAAAAAAUCUGUUUUGAUUAGUUUGUUGUGCCAUGGCCUGUAAAACAGAACUGAUUGACACGGACUCAAUAGUGUCUGUCUCACCACAACACAUGUAUUCAUAAAACAUGAUCUUGAAAUGUGAUGUUUCCUUCCAUGAAGACCUGCAAAAUUAACUGCUUUUAGUGAAUGCAUCAAAGCUCAUAGCCAACAGCUGUUUUUCAAUCUUUUUUAUUGUACUUUUUUUUUUAAAUGACUACUUUUACCAUUUAUAAACAUAACAUUUUAAACAUUUUGUAUUUUUAAUUGCAGUCGCAUUGUGCAAAAAAAAUGAUGUUGUUUUUAUUCUGGUCUUCAACUUAAUUAUGAUGAUCUUACAUCAAUAAUAAUAUUUUUCUUCCUUUAGAAGUUGUUUAAUGUUAAGGAUUAUAAUGUAUGAAUGUAGUAGUUAAGAGCUUGUCUGUCUUUUGUUUAAAACAUGUCUGUUUUAGUGUGUUGUUUUUUUAUCUAUGAAAUCAUGUUUGGGAUUUGGUGACUGGAAUUAAAGAAUAGUAUCAAUAGGUGGAAAAAAAAUGAAUAUCCAGUGUAAAAAAAUCAGUCGACUUAAACUUAAAAAAUUAAGACAUUUGAGAUGAUGAUGAGAUAAAAAAUAUAUAAUUAAGAAUACUGGCCCUGAUUAUGUGAUUAAAGUGUCUGAUAGUUUUUUUUAUGUAAUUCACUUUGGACAAAAAUGAAAAUGCACUGCUAUAAUAACAUACUGUGAUGUCA